AUGUCUGAGCAGGAGGAUCCACUUUUUGUCAAAGUCAACAAGUUAGUUUCGACCAGAACUCAACUUCCCUAUGAGUACUAUUCACUCCCCUUCUGCCUUCCGGAAGAGGGGAUUAAGCCAGUGGCGGAGAAUCUGGGUGAGAUUCUGCGUGGUGACAGAAUUGAGAACUCUCCCUAUCAGUUUCAAAUGAGGAUCGACGAGCAGUGCAAGAUCGUUUGCAGAAAGGCGAAAGUUCCCCUUGAGGAGGCUCUUCAAUUCCAGGAAAAGAUCGAUGACGAAUAUCGCGUUUUUAUGAUCCUUGAUAAUCUGCCAGCGGCCAUGGUCAGGAUGCGCGCGGAGGAAGGCGGUGAGUCCAUCAAGACUUAUGAGCGUGGAUUUCCUGUGGGAUUCAAGGCUCCAUCGGAAACGAAUGGGCCCGAUGAGUAUUUCUUGCACAACCACCUGCGGUUCACUGUGCUGUUCCACAAAGACCCCACAAACAAUCUGGCUCGCGUCGUCGGUUUCGAAGUCGAACCUUUCAGUGUGAAGCACCAGUACGAGGGUACCUACAACCCGGCGAAGCCUAUCCUCACGACCUGCAACCCAGGAAACCCUACGCAGCAUGUGGAUAGCGGCAUGCCACCCCAGCCGAUCAAGGAGAACGAGGAGGUCAUCUUCACCUACGAUGUGAUGUUCAAGCCGAGCAACGUGAAGUGGGCAUCUCGCUGGGACACGUACCUUCUCAUGACGGACGACCAGAUCCACUGGUUCUCCAUCAUCAACUCCCUCAUGAUCGUGCUCUUCCUCUCGGGCAUGGUUGCCAUGAUCAUGAUGCGCACUCUGCACCGCGACAUCUCCCAGUACAAUCAGUUGGAGACUCAGGAGGAGGCACAGGAGGAGACUGGGUGGAAGCUGGUCCAUGGUGAUGUGUUCCGCCCACCCAACUAUGCUGGCCUGCUCUGCGUGUAUGUCGGCACCGGUGUGCAGCUGUUCUUUAUGACACUUGUUACGAUGGUGUUCGCGCUUCUCGGAUUCCUCUCCCCAUCCAACCGUGGUGGGCUUAUGACUGCCAUGCUUCUGCUCUGGGUCUUCAUGGGUCUCUUGGCUGGAUACUCGUCCGCCCGCCUCUACAAGGCCUUCAAGGGCACUGACUGGAAGCUGAACACCAUCCGCACUGCAGUCACCUACCCGGUUGUUGUCUUCGUCAUCUUCUUCAUCCUUAACAUUCUGAUCUGGAAGGAGAAGUCAUCUGGAGCUGUUCCCUUCGGCACCAUGUUCGCUCUCUUCUUCCUCUGGUUCGGCAUCUCUGUGCCUCUAGUCCUUCUGGGAAGCUACUUUGGCUUCAAGAAGCCUGCUAUUGAGGAUCCAGUCCGCACAAACAAGAUCCCGCGACAGAUCCCCGAGCAGGCGUGGUACAUGCACCCUGUGUUCUCCAUCCUCAUUGGAGGCAUUCUGCCCUUUGGUGCAGUGUUCAUCGAGCUCUUCUUCAUCCUCACCUCCAUGUGGCUGCAGCAGUUCUACUACAUCUUCGGCUUCCUCUUCAUCGUCUUCGUCAUCCUCAUCAUCACGUGCGCAGAGAUCACCAUUGUGCUCUGCUACUUCCAGCUGUGCAGUGAAGACUAUCGCUGGUGGUGGAGAGCGUAUCUGACUUCGGGCUCAUCGGCUCUUUACCUCUUCCUCUAUGCGACCUUCUACUUCUUCACCAAGCUGGAGAUCACCAAGCUCGUGUCAGCUAUCCUUUACUUCGGCUACAUGGUCAUCAUCUCCUACAGCUUCUUCAUUCUCACAGGGACCAUUGGGUUCUAUGCAUGCUACUGGUUCGUGCGCCUGAUCUAUGCAUCGGUCAAGAUUGACUGA